AUGGCUACUAAGCAACAAGUACUUACUAAAACUGCAACUUCGACUGAAAUCUCUAGCGAGCAAUCGCAGAAACUCAUCCAAACAAUGUUGACUAUGUCAUUUGGUUGUUUGGCGUUUCUAAGAGGUUUAUUCCCAGAUGACAACUUUGUAGAUCAAAGAUUUGUACCAGAGAAAGUUGAUAAGAAUUAUAAUAAACAAACUGUCCCACAGACGAAUUCCAUUAAGAUCAAAACCCUUGUUAGAGGUAAAUCUACCGAAGUUGAUCUGUUUUUAGAUUGGUUAGAGAAAGGUGUCUUCCAAUCAAUUAGAUUAAAAUUUUUAAAGGCGUUAAGUCUAGGAAUAUUCAUUGAUGAAAACGACCCAACAAACCUUCUAGAAAAUUACAUUUUUACGUUCGAUUAUAAUAAUGCCAAUGGUAUAGGAUUGAAAGUUGAUACCGAUAAAUCUGGAACUUUGAGUAAUUCAUUAUUAGAUUCAAGAAAAAUGGUACAACAACUAAUGAGAAGAUUUAUUAUUAUUACUCAAUCUUUGGAACCAUUGCCAGAAAAAAAGUUUUUAACAAUGAGAUUAAUGUUUAACGAAAAGACUCCAAGUGAUUAUCAACCGACACUAUUUAGGGAUGCCACAUUUGAUAAAAGGCCAACAUUGAAAAUACCCUUAAACACAGAUUUAGAAAGUUCCUCUGUUGGAACGUUAGAUACAAAACAUCAUAAAUUGAAUCUUCAUGUCUUAUCUGUUAUUGAUAAUGAUGAUGAUGAAUCUAAUUCCAAAAAGUAUAUGGAUUUUCAAAAAUUAGACCCAUUCGAUCUGGUUGAUACUGAUUUCUCGAAGCAGUCACCGACAAAAAUAAACCAAAUUCAUACACAAAGCCAAACAACAAAUAUUUUGGGCGAUAUUUUAAAGUCUUCUCAACCAAGUAUUUUACCGACGCAGGCAGUUGAAAUAAAUCAAUCUCCUGACAUAGAGUGUGAGUGUGAUCUAUUAUGCCCAAUUACUUCGACAAGAAUAAAACAAUGUAAGAAUUGUAGAAAAUUUGUCCAUUCCCUUUGUUACGGAAACAAGCCAGGUCCAAAAGUAGACAAAUGCAUUUCGUGUGUCUAUGGACCAAUGUUUGAUCCUAGUUCAUCUGAAUUUAAAGAUUUGAUGAUGUUAAGAAAAUGCUACAGAUUUUUAUCCCGUAAUAAAGGUUUUCCGCCAUCAAUUAAAGAAUUCACGAACUCAAUUAUGGAAGAAGGUCAAGUAACCUUAGAAAAUAUAGAGAGAAUUAACUUUUGUAUCUCUACACUAUCCAGUGACGGUAUAUUAAAUUUUUCGCAAUGCAAUAAACAGAGAGAUGCUUCUCAAGAUGGCUCUGCUUCAAAAGCAACUAGGAUACAGGGCAAUAAAGUAUCAAUUGAUGAAGAAGGUAUAUUUGUUCCCAAGAUUGGUGAACUUUUAAAGGGUAGGGAAUACAUGUGUUGCUUUAUAUAUAACUCAGACAACUCGCACGCUUGUUACCUAGAUGUUUCCCCUGAAUCCAAAAGGCAGAUUGAAAACUGGAUUGAUCAAGUUAAGUCUAUAAGAAACGACUUUGAACCAAAUUCUUCACCUCAAGUCGAUUUCAAAUCCUUGGCAAUCGAUGAUACUGAUACCCAAGAUCAAAUAGUUAUUGGCCAAAAAAGAAAAAAUAUAAACUUGGAUUGUUAUGGGGAUGAAGAGGAUAGUUCAAUUAACUUUGAUAUCUCAAAUUCACACAUGAACAUACAAAACAGUCAUACCUUUGAGACACCAAAAAAGAUUAGAAAAAUUAGUGUAAGUAAAAAAACUUUAAAAAGUGUCUGGUAA